AUGUCGCCAAACCAUUUGGGGAAUCUCUGCAACUAUACUGUAUAUUGCCCGGGUAAAUGGUUCCUAAGCGAUGCCAUUCUAUACUUUUUGUCUUAUGCGCCAUUUUUAUUUUCUUUUUUUCUAUCUUUCCUUUCUUUCUCUUCUUUCAUUCGAUUACACAUUUCCUUCUUUCUUUCUUUCUUUCUUUCUUUCAUUUUAUUAGACUUUUUCUUUUAUUUCUUUCUCUUUUUUAUCGCGUUGUCUUUCUUUUUCUUCUUUCGUUCGAUUACAUUUUUCUUUCUUUCUUUAUUUUCAUUUGUUCGAUUACACUUUUCCUUCUUUCUUCCUUUUUCUUCUUUUCUUUCUUUUUCUACUUUCGUUCGAUUACACUUUUCCGUAUAUUUUUCCUUUCGCUUUCUCUUUUUCUUUCACUCUAACUUUCCGUUACUUUAUUCUUUCUUUCUUUCUUUCUUUCUUUCUUUCUUUCACAACAUUAAAGGUUUUACGUUUUCCUUUUCCCACCAAAAUCUUCGUUUAUUCUUUCUUUCUUUCGAGCUCCCUUUCUGUUUCUUCUCUUUCAUUUCUAUUUUCUUUUCACCAACUACCUUUCAGUUUGUUUACCCUUUCUUUUUCUCUCCUUCCUUUUUUUCUUUUUACGUGCUAUCUUUCAUUUAUUGCCCCUUACUUCUUUUAUUUAACCACUCCCUUUUCAGAUCGUCUUUUCUACCUUUGACGUGUUCAACUUGUUCUCGUUCUUUUUCAUCGCCGCCUUUUUCACUUUUACUUCUUCCUAAAUUUUUGCUUCAGUUGUUCACAUUUGUAUCUUAUUCAGCCUUUUCUCAUUUUCUCUUCUUCCUCUUUUUAUUUAUCUUCCUUCUUCUUCAUCAUCUUCAUCUUCUUCAUCUUCUUCUUCUUCUUCUUCUUCUUAUUAUUAUUAUUAUUAUUAUUAUUAUUGCUAUUCUUUUUCUUUCUUUCGAGCUGUCUUUUCAAUUUUGUAUUUUUCAUUUGUCAUUCGUACCAUCUAAUUUUAUCUUUCAUUUAUUCCUUUUUUUACUUUCUCCUUUCUUUUUUAAAUUAUUCUCAAAUCCCUUUUGA